ACCGUUGUCAUGUCAACCAACGCUGAAGGCAAAGUUACUACUCAAAUCUGACAUCCAACAGUUGACGUUUAACACGAAGAUAAACAAAAAUGUAUCUCUAGCUGCAGUCUAAGAUAUUGAUUAUCACAUUAAAACAAAUCCAAGAAGCAGGAACAGUGGCAGAAAUGCCGUCAGGCAGUGAAGGUGUCCCAGACACGGAGGGGGAAGGCAGCAGUAGCGGCGGCAGUAGAGUCGCUGUCUUCGGCGAGGAGAAGCGAGAAGGCUUCGGUGUUCAGGAGUGGCCUGACGGGUCAAAAUAUGAGGGCGAAUUUUUAGACGAUUUCAAACAUGGAAAAGGGCGCUACAGCUGGAAAAACGGCGAGUUCUAUGAGGGGUUUUUCUACAAGGACUUCAAACAUGGCGAUGGGGAGUACAGCUGGCCCUCUGGUCACAAGUUCAUUGGCAAGUUCUACCUAAACAGAAAGGAAGGAUAUGGAUGUUUAAUCUACCCAGGUGGAGCCAUCUUUCAGGGUUUGUACCACAGUGACCACAGGUUUGGUCCCGGUGUUCUCACUUAUCCAGAUGGGAACCAGGAUGUGGGCCUGUGGAUCGGGCAGCGCCUGCUAAAACUCUGCUCCUCUUUAGAAGAAGGCUUUAGUCUGCUCAAUUUUCCAGAUUAUGCUGCAUUCAUGCAGUCCUCUCAUCGUGAGCAUUUUUUCAUUCAGUCAGACGUAGACGAAGAUCUACUAUCAGACGAAAGCUUCAUCUAUCCACCCGGCAUCGAGAGGUACUCCACAGAUGGCGACCACUUGCCGCUUCCUCCUGGAAGGAAAAGAGAGUUGGAUCGAGUUUUUCACGGUGAAAAGUGGGAGCCAGAAGCCCGUCCAUACCAGGGGUACAAAAGGGAUCCUCUCUCUGCGUUCCCUGUGCACAUCCGCAUGAAGGCUAACAUACACGAACACAGGCUGCAGGCUGAAACUGUCGACUGGAACGUUGCAGGGGUCCUCUCUCUGAAGGGGGACAGCUUUGGCCCCAAAGGGCCUCUGGAGGUCACCUCAGAGCUGCUGCUUCAGCACAGCUUCAGAGGGGAGCUGCGCGCUGUGUCACAGAUCCUCCAAAACGGCGCCGUCUACCCGGACGUAGCCGACGCACGAGGACAAACCGCGCUCAUCGCUGCAACCGUAAACUGCAAUAAUGAUGUGAUCCACCUGCUGCUGGAUGGCGGUGCUGAUAUUGACAAGAUGAACAACGAAGGAAUGAGCGCCCUGGCUGUGUGCAACGUCCUCUACUAUCCCUUUGAGUCUCUGAGGUCGACUCUGAUCGAGCCGCCCACUGACACGCCGGUUUCGAUGUCUCCGCCUGGUGAGACCAGCUCUCCGAUCAACCAGACUGACGACCCAUCGAAGUCGCUGGACCUGAACACCGAAUCACAGAUUACUGGCUUGGAUCAGAACCAGGACUUGAAUCUGAAUCAGGAUAAUACGGACCAAAGCAGCCCAAGCCAGCUCACCGAGCAGGCAUCUGAAGAGCCGCCUGUACAUGUCUCACAUGGCCAAAAUGGUGAAAUCCCUGCAGACUCUGAGCAGCUACAGGAGGAGAGGAAAGAGACGGGAAUGGAUGAAGGCUACGAUGCCACAGAGAAAUCUGGAGACGAGCAGAGUGUUAGAGAGGAUGUGGAAAGUGAGCUAGAGAAGCUAAAGGAUGAGCUCAACAGAGAUGUGGAGAAUUUAACCGAGAGUGAAAACAGAGAAGUCAGCGUUCAAGAGUUGGGUGAACACAUUUCUCUGGGGAGUGAGCAGGAUGUCCCAGCCGAGCAGGGCGAAGACCACGAUCUGACCCGGAAUCAGAGCCUUGAUUCCACCUUUUCCAUCCGCAGCAGAGACAUUUCUGAAUCAGAAGAGACGCUGCAGCAGUCAGCUGAGCUGCUGACUUUGGCUAAGCGAACCCCGCAGUGUGACUCACAGGAGAUUAUACGCAAAAUGACUCUCAAGGAAAUCGAGCCCCGUGUUCGUUUAACAACCCUGAAGCUGUUACUGGAUCGUGGAGCCGACCCCAACUGCUGCAGGGUCCCAAUGCCCGUCCUGUUUUUGCCCAUAAUGGCGGGCGACACUGAGGUCGUCCAUAAAUUGCUCAUGUGUGGAGCUCGUACUGAUAUUCGCCUUCCAAUGAAGAAUAAAGGGUUUUAUCCCCUCCAUGUUGCUGCAGCGUUGCACGGUUCUGAAGGUGCACAAAUCACUGAAAUGCUUUUACACGCUAUCACCGAACCCGACUCUCGGGCAUGUGACCAGGAAGAGAUCUACCAACCGGAUAUGGCCUUCAUGGUGGAUAAAGAGUGGGAGGACGUGACUGAGGACAUGCAUCUGAAAGACGGGGGCCGAACUGCCCUGCACAUAGCCUGCCAGAGAGAUGGGGACUACUCGAAUGCCUGUAAAGUGGUGGAGCUCCUGCUCUCCCACGGAGCCAGCACCAACCUCCUCUGGAGCGGACACUCUCCCCUCUCCUUGGCCAUAGCGAGCGGCAAUGAUGAGGCAGUGGAGGAGAUCUUGAAGGCAGGCGCAGAUCCUAACUUACCUCUGGGCUGGAGGGUGGGCAGUGCUCUCUGCGCCCUCGCCAACUUCAACUACCGCUUAGGUGGCAACAGAAUCAAAGUGCUUGACAUGUUAGCUGAGGCUGAUGCUAAUAUCCUGAUGCAAGUUCCAGUGGGCGAAGGGGUGGGAACCGCUAUCGACUUUGCAUACCACUCCUUCCAGCUGGAUGUCCGUUUUGCUCGCACUCCUUUCCACGCCUUGAACAUGCAGGAGAGGACUAUAAUAAAGAAAUGGCGCCAUCUUCUGACUCUGAUGGCGGAUCUGUUGAGGAAGAGUGCUGCUCUGGAGGAGAGGAAGACUCUAGAACUGGAGCAAUCCCUUCAACCGACUGCUCCAGAGGACGAGACCCCAGGCAAGCGUACCGCCUCAGGAAAAACGCCACCCAAGCCUCCGAGGCUGCCGGUGUUAAAGUUCUGCUAUCACUGCGGCCGCUCUGUGCUUGUGAAGCUGGCGAUUUGUGGCCGUUGCCAGAGGGUGUACUUCUGCUCCAAGUCCUGCAAAAUGAAAUCCUGGGAUGAAAAUCACAAGGAGGAGUGUCUCCAGAUGGCAGCCUAUCUCGAUGCCCAUCGGAAGAGAUCUUCGUUUAAACCGCGCAAACCGAAAACCGUAACCAUCAUAAGAUACAAGCCAGAACCGCCCAAACCUCUGACCAAGGCGCAGCAGGCCAUGGCGAACCAGAUCUACCUGAAGGAAAACUACAGUCUCAUCUGACGGGUUUAAAUGCUUUGAAAAGUAGCUGUUAUUUUUAAAUUAAAGUAAUUUGAACUUAAAUGCA